UUAUAUAUAAGCACCAUUCCUGUACAGACAAUCAGACAUGCACAACUACUAGUACUCCUCUCCCUUUCUCUCCCACCCCACCCCACCCCCCUAGCUAGCUCCGGCAAGCCUGAAGGCUGAAGCAGCCGCCAUAGGAGCACAAGGCUAAGGUAGUAUAGCUGUGGAUCGACGGAAAUAAAUGGGCAACAUGCUGCCAUCAUGCCUGGUGGUGCAACAAGGCACAGCAGCAGGUGCUCUGCCGGCCAUGAACCCCAAGCGGAGGCUCAUCUCCCUCAAUCUCCUUGUGAAAGGAAUCCACAGGGUGAAGAAGAUGCCCGCCGGUCCCGGCAAGGCGCCCGAGAUAGAUAGCAAGAAGUCGUCGUCGUCAGAAGCGCUUGAGACCGCCAGAAGCAACAAGGCCGCCCGGAGCACCAACAACCCCAAGGGCGCCGUGCUGAGGUCGAGGCUCCACGGCCGGCGGAGCGGCGCCGGCCUCGGUAAGAAGGCCGGGAAGCAGGGCGUCGUGCGCGUGAAGGUGGUCCUGACCAAGGAGGAGGCCGCGCGGCUGCUGUCGCUGACCGUCGGCGGCGGCCAGAAGCACACUACUACCGCCGCGCAGAUCGUGGCCGAGAUGAGGAAGAUGGAGGCCCGCCGCCGCGUGGCCGCCGGUGCCUCGUGGCGGCCGGCGCUGGCCAGCAUCCCCGAGGAGUCAUCGUAGGGUCUAGGCCUCUAGGAGACCGGUGUGGGUCGAUGAGCUCUCGUCGUUUU